UGGGUAUUAGGGUAUCAAAUACACCUGCUACUGUAAGAUAUGAGACAAAAGUUGGUUGGCUGAGUAGUGCUUUUCAUCCAAUGCUUGACUCUCCUGAUCGGGUUGAGGUAUUUCACGAGCAUGUAAACUCUACCAAGGAGGUCAUCCCUGGCCGUCGCUAGAUCCCCUUGAUGCUACAGGCAUUAGAUUCGAGCCUUGCAGUAGAGCAAUUGCAGUCUAGUCUAGCUUACCAAGAGCAGCACAACAAACCGUGUUUUACCAAAAUGAAACAACCGACCAUCAUGAACAAGGCCACUGUUCAGAGGGCAGUAACGCCUGUAAGCCGGUCGACCCAGGCUGCAUGGCAACCACUGGUGGCGACACCAAAAGCAGCAGCAGCAAGGCAUAUGGUAGCUAUCGACCGCCCGUGGGGCCGAGAACAAAAGGUCAGGCAGACACGAGGGGCAUCAGUUCCGCAGGCCGGGAACGAGCGCGUCCAAGAUCCGUUCCAAUAUUGGCUGGUCGAGGCUAUCAUUGACCAGCCAUACAAUGCGGUUGGAGAAGUAAAGAUGCCUUUGCAGAAAGCGAGCAACACGUGGCCAGAUCAAGAUGGCAGGGAUAUAUCGCCAGUAAGAGCCACAGCCAGUGGAUCCGAGAUGUAUGAGAGCGGUUCACGGUGACGCGCAGAUGAGGACACAGAAGGCUGCUAGGGAUCUGGAAGCUGUUUAUUUCAUGAUGUCGUCUACAGAGCAGGAACAGAGGACUCCAAA